AUGACUUCCCUCUCCCUUGUAUUGGGGAUAUUCUCAUUCCUGGCGUUUGUCCAAGCGGGUAACUCACCGGGUCUUCCAUUUGUCAUUAACACCUGGGGGGGUGACUUUACCGCUGCUACAGACGCCGCAUUCAAUGCCCUACAGAAAUCCAAGACUUCCGCAAUUGAUGCCGUUGAAGCUGGUGGCCUAACGUGCGAACGCAACCAGUGCGAUGGUAGUGUUGGCUAUGGAGGUUCUCCAGACGAAAACUGUGAGACUACGCUUGAUGCAAUGAUCAUGGAUGGCGAUACCAUGAAUACUGGCGCUGUGGCAGCUUUGCGACGAGUCGAAGAUGCCAUCUCCGUGGCGCGACAUGUUCUCGAGAACACCAGUCAUUCGCUUCUCGCAGGUGAUCAGGCUACCCAAUUCGCCAUUGAGAAUGGCUUCAAAACGACGAAUCUCACGACAAAGGCAUCUGCCAAGAAGUGCAAGGAAUGGAAGGCUAGUAAAUGCCAACCCAACUACCGCCUCAACGUUAGCCCCAAUCCCGAACACUUCUGCGGCCCGUAUCGUCCUCUGGCAAAAAACAAGCAGACCCAGCAAAAAACUCAAUCUUCACACGAUACUCUUUCUCUCAUCGCCAUAACCAAGGACGGAAGUCUAGCCGCAGGAACAACCACAAAUGGCGCAUCGCACAAGAUCCCCGGCCGAGUUGGCGACGGUCCCAUUGUAGGAAGCGGCUCUUACGCUGAUAGUUCCCUCGGUGGUUGCGGCGCCACAGGCGACGGUGAUAUCAUGCUCCGCUUCCUGCCCUGCUACCAAGCGCUCGACAGCCUGAGUCGGGGUUUAUCCCCCAAAGAAGCAGCCGAAGACGCAGUUCUGCGCAUGGUUCGCAAAUACUCUGAUCUGAAGAGUGGAAUUGUCGUGGUUGAUCGGUACGGAAACCAUGGAGCUGCUGCGAGCGGCUGGGACUUCACCUACAGCUACAGAGGAGGCAAGAUGAAGAACACAAAGGUGGUCAAGGUAAAGCCGGUACAGGAGGUCUGA